CUCCCCGCGCAGGUCCCGGCCGCCGCCGCACCUCCUCCGGCUCUGCAGUGGCGGUGGGGAGGCGAGUCGGAGCGCCAUCCGGGCCGGGGCCGGAGCGGAGCCGGGGUCUGGGCUGCAGCGGGGACCCUCGGAGGCGGGGCCAGUGGGACCGCGAUGGGCGUGGAGAUCGAGACCAUCUCCCCGGGAGACGGAAGGACAUUCCCCAAGAAGGGCCAGACGUGUGUGGUGCACUACACAGGAAUGCUCCAGAAUGGGAAGAAAUUCGAUUCAUCCAGAGACAGAAACAAACCUUUCAAGUUCAGAAUUGGCAAACAGGAAGUCAUCAAGGGUUUUGAAGAGGGUGCAGCCCAGAUGAGCUUGGGGCAGAGGGCGAAGCUGACCUGCACCCCUGAUGUGGCGUACGGAGCCACUGGCCACCCUGGCGUCAUCCCUCCCAAUGCCACCCUCAUCUUUGAUGUGGAGCUGCUCAACCUAGAGUGAAGGCAGGAAGGAACUGGCGGCGGCUGCAGAUGGCGGUUGCUCCCCUCCUAGCCCGCUCUGCCACUGGGACGGCUCCGCCCGCUCGGGGCUCUUGAUCAGUGCGUGCUCCCCUCACCGCCCCACGACACAAUCCAUUCUCUCUGCCCAGCUCGCUCUCUGUGUGUUGGUCACUGUUCACGUGCAUCUUUGCUUGAGGAAAUUUUGGUUGCGAUCGAAACAUUUCGGGUUGUGCAUCUUGCGUGUGCAUGUAGUAGCCAUUCCUGAUCGCCGAACACAGAUUUCUUGUUCGCACAAUCGACACUGCCUUACCUUCACUGAAGCCAGACACACGAGGUGCUCAGACACGAGACGUACGCACGAGGUGUGUGUGCACGGGGACUCGGGCCAGUUACCUUUGCGGCCACUUCCUCUCUCGGAAACCGUUGGCUGCUGACUUACGAAAUGUCCUCUUUGGAAAUGACACGUAAAAUAAAGGCUCUGUGCUUGAUGAG